GAAAGACGCGGUAUGGUAUCGUUCGCCUGCGAUACACUUCAGUCGCGUUGGUGGCUGCAUGCGAUUUGACGUAUUCUGCGCGCAGUGAUGUCACUUGUCACCUUAUUUUAUGAAAUGUCAAACGUUUUACAUGUAAGGCGCGAGUGAAUAGUAAACAAAUUAACAGUGAAAUUGAUAUUCAUGCUGUGAAAUUAUAUACGAGUGACAUGGACUGUUAUUAUUCGAAAUUUUACCCAAGGCGUAAGUGACAAAUGGAAAAUUUGCGGUGAUCAAUAGACGCGAUGCAUCCAGCAGGGUACUACGCUAAUCUUGCGAGCGGCGCGCUCGCAGCCGGCACCAUUGCGUCUCCGUGGAGCACGGCGGCCGGCGCGCCCGACACCAAUGGCUCGGGCGGCGCCGACGCCAAGCAUCUCGACGUCGGAGAUGCCAGUGAUGAUGAAAAGGAUAUGUCCGCGGCCGAUGCGGAGGGGGUGUGGAGUCCAGACAUUGAGCAGAGCUUCCAAGAGGCACUGGCCAUCUACCCCCCGUGCGGCAGACGCAAAAUUAUUCUCUCCGACGAGGGCAAGAUGUACGGAAGGAAUGAGCUGAUAGCAAGGUAUAUAAAACUCAGGACAGGAAAAACGCGUACGAGAAAACAAGUGUCAUCCCACAUACAGGUGCUAGCUAGGCGGAAACUUCGGGAAAUACAGGCCAAACUCAAAGUGGACGGUGGGGUGAUGAAAGAAAAGGCCAUGCAGUCAAUGAGCACACUCUCUAGCGCACAGAUCGUAGCCGGUAUUCCGCACCCCGCGUACCACCAUACGGUACUCAACUUGCAAAAGCAAUUUUGGCAACCGGGUCUACAAGCUGGUCCUUCACAAGACGUCAAACCGUUCCCAGCAGCUGGGUACAAAGGAGUGCCAGGAGUCGGAGGAGUGGGAGUACCAAGUGGGACAGAUGUCGCGCCACCGCCACCAUGGGAGGGACGCGCUAUAGCGACACAUAAGCUACGCCUGGUCGAGUUCUCCGCCUUUGUUGAACAUCCACGAGACCCCGAAACGUACCCCAGUUCGGCGCCGGCACAGCAUCUAUUUGUUCAUAUAGGCGGUACAGUUACAUACGCAGAUCCUUUAUUAGAGUCGGUAGACGUACAACAGAUUAACGAUAAGUUCCCAGAGAAGAAAGGUGGUCUCAAAGAGUUAUAUGAGAAGGGUCCCAGAAAUGCCUUCUUCCUGGUUAAAUUCUGGGCAGAUCUGAACACAAAUAACCUGGACGAUCCAGGGGCAUUCUAUGGGGUUACUAGUGUGUAUGAAAGCAACGAGAACAUGACCAUAACAUGUAGUACUAAAGUAUGUUCGUUCGGCAAACAAGUGGUGGAGAAGGUGGAGACAGAAUACGCGCGUUUCGAAGGAGGCCGCUUCGUGUAUCGCAUACACCGGUCACCGAUGUGCGAGUAUAUGGUGAACUUCAUACACAAGCUCAAACAUUUGCCGGAGAAAUAUAUGAUGAACAGUGUGUUGGAGAACUUUACUAUACUGCAGGUGGUGUCAAACCGAGAUACGCAAGAGACAUUAUUAUGUGCCGCGUUUGUGUUUGAAGUGUCGAACAGUGAGCACGGAGCGCAGCAUCACAUCUACAGGCUCGUCAAAGACUGAACGCUCCGCGCUCCCGCACAACCAUUCCGCACGCUCGCCUCGCCAGAACUACCAUACCUGACGCCUCACCUACGGUCGCAAGCGCAGAUCUUCAGCUCACCUCAAAUAACUAUGCCGCUAUGAAGUUAGCCGUUGAUACCUCGCGCAUGAGGAGUAAGGUUGAGUUGCGCAGUGACAUCUAGCUAACUUUGGUUGAGCAAAAUUGUUUGAUGUGACCUGUACUUUACGUAGAAUUCUACGUAUGUGUGUGUGCGCCAAGUGGGAAACAAUGAAGUCGAAGUAUCUGUAUAGUAUCAAGUAUGUAGUCUGUUCGGCCGCUUCGCAGCGGUCGCUAACGAGUGCUGUCCUAAUUUCACACCUAUUCGUAAACACUUUCUCUUUAGAUUCAAAAAUAAAAAUAUUUGUUAUUAAACCUAAAAUAGCAAAAUGUGAUCUGAAAAUUACGCUACAAGUAUUUUUGUAACUGAGUGUUUAUUAUACAUAGCUCAAUUUUAAAUAUUGUCUAUCGUAGUCUCAGCCCUGCAAUCGGCAACUCACCCAGGUGUCGUCGAUAUAGACUCCCUUGUCUGUAUGUAGGUUUUAUUCUCCAUUGUGUUUUAUCGUAAUACUCUCAAUUCUAAAAUGAUUUCUAUAAGGUUAUAAGAUAAAGAGAGUAACAAUAAUAUUUUACAUAAUUCUUAAAAUACGAAAUAUCGUUCGGUAUACUUCGCGUGUAAAAAAUAUCAUAUAAAAAUUAUAUAGAUUUGAAUACACACAGUGCCUCUAUAAUUAUGUUACAUUAACAUAAAUUACUUGAGCAUAUUUAGUCUUUUCACUGCAUUAAAGUGUUGAAGAGAUAAAAUUGUAAGUUAAUGUUAAGUGAAAAGGUUAAACUUUAGUGUAGUAUACCAUGAAAAUAAUAGGUUUAAUGAGUAUAUAUAUAGAGUUACGACACCUAUUCUUUUUCAGUUAAGUGUUCGUGGUACAAUUUACCGUUGCUAUGUUUAGUUGUCUUUUUAAACCAGUCCAAGUCUUUCUGUCCCUUAGUAUAGAAAUCGUAUCUUCAUAAUUUUAUAAUUUGGCAUCUAUGUUUUCUUUCGAGUAUUUUAUUAUGCUUUAAUUAUUAUUUCAUUUUGCCUUGUUAUUUUUAGGUCUUUUUGAGACAUAGCAUUUUAUCUAGUUUCUAUGUACGUUUUGCCAGAAUUGACUUACUAUUGCAGUCUUUGCCACAUUAAUACUAGGUACUUAGAGUAAUGUACCGACAUUGUACAUAUUCUAUUGUUAUGUACGUAAAGUUAAUAGUGUCCAUGUGUUCACACGGUCUGCCAGAUUUAAAUUGUGUAAUAAAUUGUAUCAUGUGAGGUUACAAGUCUUGUACGAUCGUGUACCAUACAAUAUGUACAUAUCUGACUAUCAGAAACGUUUUCUUUAUGAUGGGACGCACGCAACUCCGCGCGUUCCGAGGCAGCUUUACCCUCCAGACCCUUUCUCAAUACCUACAGCGUUUUCCAUUUCUACAAUUAAUCACUGUUCGUCCUUCUAUAUUUCAUGAAACUAAUUCAAAGCAACAAUGACCGCUUUUGCUUCCAAUUUCAAAGUACAAAUGAGUGUCCACACUACUCGACAUACAUACUUGCAUGAAUAUGUAAACGUGGCAAUGAUUUGAUCUCUCUUUUAGUCAAAUAUAUUUAGGGUCCUCCCGCGCGUGCUAUGGUACGCCCAUUUAAUUUUACACAGUGUUAAGUUUAUGUGCAUUAAAUAGUGUUUAGUUUCAAGACAUGAGGUAGGAAAAUAUUAUCUUAGAUAAUAAAAAUAAGAGAUUUUUGUAUUUAUUUGAUAGAGUUAUAUUAGAUAAAUUGUAAAGUGACUAGAUUUAAGAUUCUUUUUUUAUAUGGCGAUAGUCGUUCGGGAACUUAUCCGUGAAGUUGUCACAUAUUUAGUACUUAAGAAAAAACUUAAUUUUUGUUGCAACUGUAGAUUCCUCUGUCCAAUACUCUGUUAUAAGAUUUGUUUGGUCGAAAUUACAUAAUUAUUUCACAAUUAAUUUAUCAAAAUUAUGACAAGUUUGGUGUCUUGUAUUUGCAAUACGACGGCGUGUUCAAUAAUUAGUAAAAGAGAUCUGCCCUGUUGUGAUUUUAUAUUUUUAAUGUUAAUAUGUACUCAAUAAAAUGAGAUUAACUCAAUGUUAUUCGAGACUAGUGCAACAGCUGGAUCGAAUAUAGUUUACUAAACUUAAUAAACAUGGAAUUGUUUGAUGCCGAUGGCAAUAUUCAAUAUUAGAUAUCGUUAGGUCGUGUUGUGUAAAUAAAAUAAUUUUAGCGCAUUUCUUUCAGUUAGUAUUUGUAAGCGGUUUUUGCUUCUAUACAAGUCUUUCAUAUCGACAAUCAGCCAUAUCAAUAUGAAAAUAUAAAAAGAAUUAGUCGGCGGAGUUGGAGACAAUCAUUUGCAAUCGGCUGCAAUUACCUUCUACUUUAUAUAAGUUUGACUGUCCUAAGUUUGAAAGAAUAUUACGUUGUUGAUUUCCUACCAAUCGACAUAGCAAAUGAUUUUUUACAAUACUAGCCGACAGUGUACAGUAUUUUAAAGAUAAUACUACGUUAAAGAUUUGUAUGAAAAUUUAAUUAUAUUGUCUUCAUAAAA